GGGUGAGGCGGGAGGGGAGGUUCGGCGGCUAGGGUUCGGCGCCGCCCGAGUCGCCCCAAGCGGAGCGACGCGGGGGCCGGGCGAAGUCAGGAACUUCCUUCGGCGCCCCCAAAUCGCCUCCCUCCAAUGGUGGCAGCCUCGCCUCCCUCCCUCCACCUCGCCCUCCUCCUCUUUGCAGCCCACGCGGCCGUCGGCGGCGCCGCGGGGGCGGUCGGGGUGAGCGGAGGCGGGCAGCUGUGGUGCGUGGCAAAGAACAACGCCGAGGACGGCGCGCUGCAGUCGGCCAUCGACUGGGCCUGCGGCCCCAACGGCGGCGCCGACUGCCGUGCCAUCCAGCAGGGCGGCGCCUGCUACGAGCCGCCCGACCUCCUGGCGCACGCCUCCUACGCCUUCAACGACUACUUCCUCCGAUCCGGCGGCGCCGCCAGCCCCGCCGCCUGCGACUUCUCCGGCGCCGCCGCGCUCAUCGGCCUCAACCCUAGUCAUGGGAACUGCGUGUUUCCUUCCAGUUCAUCCCCCAGAAAUGGCAGCUUCACGGGAAUAACAACCUAUGGUCGCACCGGUGCAGAUUUAAGCCAAAGUUCUUCA